AGUUCUCGAACAGAAAUUGUUCUCUCUCGACGCAUUUAAAUAAAAUGAAAAUGAUCAAGAAAGUCUCCUUGACAUUCCUUUCACCAUCUAAGGAGCCCAAUUUCAAUCUAUAUGCGAAGAAAUUCACUGUAUUGAAGUACAUCAACUUGUAUGUUUUGCCAUCUUGGAAUAAUGUUCUUGCAGUAGCUUAUCUCCUUCAAGCAACUCCUUAUGUCACAAGACUCCGUCUAGAAAUGCAGGCAUACAGCGGAGAACAGCACCAUCUGGAGAAUGUCCAAGUUAGCUGGCCCGAGGGCAUCUCUCUUCAGAAGCUCCGAUUGAUUCUUGUAGGAGGUUUCGCUGCGCAACCCCCGGUGAUCGAGCUUUUGGUGUGCCUGGUGGGUGCGGCCCCUGGUUUGAAGUUCCUCACAAUCAAUCCACGCUACCAUCAAUUGAAACGAAUGGGUAUAUGGGUGAGGGAGAAGGAUGUUGCCAAGGCGGCGAGGGAUCAUGCGUGGAACGUCGCAAGGGAAGCCAUCGGCCUUAAGCUCCCGCCGUCUGUGAGGUUUGCCCUCCGUUGAUCCGAGCGGGGCAAGUCUGGUGUUGAAGCGUUUUCUUCUGGAGAAGAGGGCUUCAGAAUAAUGAUUU